AUGCUGAGCCUCAAGCUCGACGACGGCUCGGCGCUCGCGUCGCGCCAGACCAAAGCCAAGUUUAUGACCAACCUCGGCCACGCGAUGGACCGCAUUGUGGCCGACACGAGCCGCGGCGGCAGCACCAAGGACGUCUGGGACAAGCGGUCGUCCGGCCACGAGUACGACAUUGCAAUCGCCGUGCUCCAAAAGAUCCUCAAGCUCAAGGACGCGUUCAACACUGACCAGCGCAAGGUGGCCGAAGCGUACAUGGAGUCGCUCGUCAAGUCCCGCGUCCGCAGCUGCCGCGCGACGCCGGCCGCACCGGUGGCGGCACCAACCAGCAGCCGACGAAAGAGCCUCGGCGGCAAGAAGUCCGAGUCGACGACGCUCAAGCGGCAAAUGCCGGCGGGUCCGAUCGUCGAGCUUCCGAGCGGCGAUAUUUGCGCGCUCUGUGGCGACGGCGGCCUCAUUCUGCUCUGCGACGGUCCGUGCCACCGGUCGUUCCAUAUGGAGUGCGUCGGUCUCAAGGCCGAGCCGUCGGGCGCCAAGUGGCUUUGCCCCGACUGCACGGCUGGCAAGCACAUGUGCAUGUGUUGCGGCAAGGUUGGCAAAAUGGGCGCUGAGAACGGCGUGACGCAGUGCUCGAUGGCCAAGUGCGGUCGCUUUUACCACACGACGUGCGUCCUGGAGCACGCCAAGGUCGAGUGGGUCGGGAAGAAGCGGUUCCGGUGCCCGAGCCACUAUUGCCACGGCUGCACCAAGACGAAGAAGAAGUCGCCGGUCGUGAGCUGCGCCCACUGCGCGCAGGCGUUUCACGAGUCGUGCAUGCGCGGUAUGCGCAUCCUCCGGCUGUCUACGACCAUGAUGAUCUGCUCGGAGCACCUUUCGGACGACCGCGGCGCGAUCGUCGAAGGCGUCAGCGAUGACGACGACGACCACUCGGUCCAAGACGACGACGACGACGAAGACGCACCGAUCGCGCGGUCGGCCAAGAAGCGCGGUCGCCGUGCGAGCGUUGAAGUGGUCGCUGUCGACGACGACGACGACGACGACAAGCCGCUCGCCAAGAAGGUCAAGCGCGGCGCCAAGGCCAAGGCCAAGCGCAAGCGGUUCUACAACGAAGCCGAUGCGCUCCUCGCCGACGAAGACGAUUACGAGAAAGAGGCCGAGAGCGACAACAGCGACGACGAGGCGCCGAGUGGCCGUCGGACGCGGCGAAGCAAGAAGAAACAGCAGCUCAUUUAA